GUUUCCUGCUGUUUUGUAUCUUAUCAGGAUGCCUGGCCCAUGCAUGUGACCUUGACUCAUUGCCUCAAUGCGUGGACGCAAAAGGUUCUUUCAGCGAGCUUUUGAUCAAUUUUCAAUCACGAAAAAAUCUUACAACUGUUGAUGCCCAAAACAGCGUAAACGAAUAUUGCAAGUUCCAGGGGAAGCUAGUGUCGUGUCUUCAGGAUAUGAAAAGAUCAUGUGUAUCUCCAAACAGCCUCUCAUUAACCUUGGACAUGAGGAUUUCUGCUGAGAAAUACCUAUGCACAGAAGGAAAGCAGGGGUUCAUAGAAAACUUUCAGUGCGCGAUGGACAAGUUUGUGGUGAAUCAAACCAGUCUUCUGUCUUGUGCGAAAUUAUUUACAGAACUUAUCGAAAUAGAAAACCGCAAAACUGUCUCUGAUGUUUCUAGUAAAGAAUGCAGGUUAUUAGGCAAAACUUUGACCUGUAUUGAUGACAAGGCCCAAAAUUUGUGUGGUGGCAAAGCAACAACUUAUAUCCAUUCUUAUAUGAAAGCCUCGUUCAAACCACUGACGGAGGGCAUAACAUGUAACAAUAGUCAGACGAUAAUCACACAUUGGUGGACUUUCCUCAUGAUGUUUGUUACUUCAGUUUGUCUCUUUAACGUUCUGUAUGAUUUCUGAUGAAAAUAAAUAAUUUAUCACUUUA